GCUUGAAGACUGUAAUUCGACAUAGCUUUCGGUUUGGGAUUUUAUAUUGCCUGGCUGUAAAAAGGCUACUGUAGCUGACUGUAUUUCAAGAGAUCAUCGCGGACGCCGAGCCGAGCCGGCUCGCUCAGUGCGUGGGUAAUGUAACUACGUGUAUUUUAUGUCACAAUUCAGCGGUCUGAGUAAUCAGACAUCGAGGACCACUGAGUCAUUGGAUUUUUUCAUGGGAAGGUUAUUUCACAAGCACCAGCGAUAGAAACUAUUUAUCGUAGUAGGCUGUCUGGGUUUUCCUGUCACGUAGCCUAAACGGAUUCGAAGCAAGGUGGUUCAUCCCUUGUAUCUGAGAUCAAGACCCUCCCCCUUAAAACUUUGUUGUCAAUAACUCCUGGCGCUCACACACAAUGCAUAUGUGGGACAACUACAGCCUCUGAUACCUGCUAAUCAGAUUAUGAGGAUUUGCCAUUACUGUGUCAAUGACGGGUAAAAUGGAAACACCCUUCUAUCACGAUGACACACCAAACGUGCCAAACUUUGGGCAGAUGCCAGAUUACGAACGGUAUCAGACCCACAAGAUGAUGAGCAAAAAGAACAUGGCGGCCCAUCACUUCCAAGGUGUGGUGGGAAGCCCGUCGGGUCUGAAAAUGCUUCAGGGUCAGCCAGGCAGCAACGGCAACAUCCACCCAAACAGCCUGGGGAUUAACAGCAACACCAACAGCGCCCUGAUGGCGGCACACCAAGACAUGAACCUUCUCAAGCUCUCUUCGCCGGACCUGGAGCAGCUCAUCAUCCACUCCAACCAGGGCCUGGUGACCACCAGUCCGGCCCCCAACGCCUCGGGCAACCCCUUCAUGUACCGCAACCAGGCCACCAACGAGCAGGAGGGCUUCGCCGACGGCUUCGUCAAGGCGCUGGCGGAGCUUCACAAGCAGAACCAGCUGGUGGGGGCGCCCAUGUCGCCGUCCUCGUCCAUCCAGGGCACCUACCAGCGAAUGGCCAUGUCCGGCGGCGACAUGCCCAUCUACACCAACCUGAGCAGCUACAACCCCAACGCGCUGACUGUCUCGUCCUCGUACCCUGGCGGCCAGCUCCCCUACCCGUCGGUGGCGCACGGCGGCGGCGGGCCCUCCGGUCACCACGGCGGCGGUCACCACGGCGGCAGUCACCACGGCGGCGGUCACCACCCGCACAGCCGAGGGCACAUGGACGCCCCCCAGACGGUGCCCGAGGUGCCGCACCCGCCCGGCGCCGACCCGGCCAGCUCGCCACCGUCGCUCUCGCCCAUCGACCUGGAGACGCAGGAGCGCAUCAAGGCCGAGCGCAAGAAGUUGCGCAACCGCAUCGCCGCCUCCAAGUGCCGCAAGCGCAAGCUGGAACGCAUCUCGCGGCUGGAGGAGAAGGUGAAGGUGCUCAAGACACAGAACUCGGACCUGGCCUCCACCGCCAGCAUCCUGCGGGAGCAGGUGGCCCAGCUCAAACAGAAAGUCAUGAAUCAUGUCACCAAUGGCUGCCAGAUAGCAGUCAGCUCCGCCACCAUGGCCAAGAGUGGGGAGAGCACCAGCUGCUGAAAACAAUGGAGACAAGGUUUCUCUCUCUCUUUCUCUGUCUUUCUCUCUCUCUCUCUCUCAUUCACUCGCUCGCUCUCGGUCUAGCUCGUUGCUAGUCGUUGUCUCUUUCUCUUUUCUCUCAGUUUUGUUCUGCCGUCGCGGUUUGACUCAGUGGUGUGGAGAAAUGACUUGGACUUGGUGAUGGUAACAGAGGUCAUAGUGCUGAGAGGUGCGAAAGAAGGGGAAACCCCUCCUGGUGCCACUGCCUUGCCGAGAGGAGAGAGAGAGAGAAGAGGGGGGUGGAGGAAGGGAUGGGGGGGGAUCCUCCAAGGAACAUUUCAGGACACUUUGACUCCUGGGCCCCUUGCAAAUGAAUCAUUGGAAACACAGAAGACACUCCUUGAAAAUACAGGAGAGCUGCGGGAAUGCCACCCAAAAGAGAUGGUAUGGUUCAAAGGGAAAUGUCCUAACCACACACACACACACGCACACACACACACAAGCACACCUCUGAGAUAAGGGUGAGGAGUGUGCUCUAUUUGCUUUAUUGUUUUGGCACUUUGCACUCGAUCAGGUUAGCUGGAGGCACCCAGGCACAGGGGAGACCAGGCCAGGUUCGCCAUAGCCCUGAGGAAUAUCACAGCCAGCCACACAUACACACACAUACAAACACACACACACACACACACAGCAGGGCCUGCACCUCUGAAUGACACGGUCUAUUCAAACAUCGUGGAUUCACUGUGGGACACGACGAGUUGACUCAGAGUGGGGAUUCCUCACACACACAAAAAAAUCAUAAUAAUCGCCCCCUCGAGGACCCUCGGGAGACGUGUUCAACCCCAGCUCACGAGUGAAUCAACACACUCACCACUUCUCUGUACGAGAGAGACAGAAGGGGGAAAUGGCUGGGGUUUUUUUU